AUGUGCCCGAAGGACAAGCUAUUCAAGGGAUACAUCGAGCUGGAAAUGAAACUGUUCGAGUUUACGCGCUGUAGACAACUAUACACCAAGUACAUCGAGUUCAACGGCUCCAACACGCAAACAUGGAUUAAAUUUGCUGAACUGGAGCGCGGCCUCGACGACCUUGACCGCGCACGCGCCAUCUUCGAGCUUGCAGUCAACGAACCUCAACUCGACAUGCCCGAGCUACUGUGGAAAGCAUAUAUCGACUUCGAGGAAGGCGAGGGCGAGUACGAACGCACAAGAGCCUUGUACGAGCGUCUUCUCGAAAAGACCGAUCACGUCAAGGUCUGGACAUCAUGGGCACUGCUGGAGAUUGGCAUUCCCGACUCCGAGGCAGAGGAGAACGACAACGAAGACAAGCCCGUCAGCGAUGCAGCGAAAGCACGCGCUCGCGCUGUCUUCGAGCGUGCGCAUAAGCGCAUGAAGGAUAAGGAUCUCAAGGAAGACAGAGUCGCGCUUCUGAAUGCUUGGAAAUCAUUCGAAGCCAUACACGGCACUCUUGAGGACCAGGACAAGAUCGAUAAACAGAUGCCUCGCAAGGUCAAGAAAAGGAGAAAGCUCGACGACGAUAGCUUUGAGGAGUACGUCGACUACAUCUUCCCUGCCGACGAUGAGAGUGCGGCCAAAUUGGCGAGACUCAUGGCCAAUGCGCAGAAGUGGAAGGAGGCCAAAGCCGCGAAAGAGGCGGACAAUGGAGCGUAG